AUGUCCUCCAGCAUGAUUGAAUACACCAUCGCCGGCAAGCCCGGCCCUAUCAAAGCGACCAGAAGGGUUGUUCCUAUCCCGAAGCCGGGCGCAAACGAAGUCCUGAUCAAGGUCUUCGCUACAGACUCCAACCCUAAAGACUGGAAGGCUUCCCGUAACCAUGAGGAAGGCAAAGGAAUCAACCAAGGCGACGACAUCGCCGGCAUCGUCGAGGCCGUGGGAAGCGCCGUCUGGGAGUUCGCGCCUGGUGACCGUGUCGCAGCCUUCCACCGCAUGUUCCAGCCUCACGGCUCCUACGCCCAGUUCGCCAUCGCGCAGACAUCCACAACCUUCCGACUGCCAAGCAAAAUCUCCUUCGAGGCCGCCGCGACUCUACCGCUCGCGCUCAUGACAGCCGCGCUCGCACUGUACCAGAACCUGAGCCUGCCCCUACCGUGGAAUCCCGCAAAGACGGAAACGCCCGUUCUGAUCUACGGCGGCGCGUCCGCCGUCGGCGCCUACGCCAUCAAGCUCGCCAGGCUCAGCGGGCUGUCGCCCAUUAUCACCGUCGCCGGCAACGGAAUCGACUACGUCAAGUCGCUCCACGCCGCAGACCACAUCAUCGACUACCGCAGGGGGAAAGUGGUGGAGGAGAUCCAGGACGCGCUGCAAGGACGGAAGCUGCACCAUGCCUUCGACGCGGUCUCGCACAACCGCAGCUACGAGGAUAUCGUCGCGGUGCUGCGCGCCUUGGGCGGGGGAUCCACCGACAUGGUUGAUCCUCCUGCAGACGACGCGGCCAAUCCGGACCGUGCGUCCUGGCAGUGGCCCGAGGGCAUCACGUUCACGCGGACGUUUGUGGCCAGCGCGUACGGCGCGCCGCACAAGUACCGUGGCGCGGUGCAGGCGGCGCAGGACGAGCAGUUUGCCUAUGCGUUUUACAGGUAUAUCAGUCACUUGCUGGCGGAGGGGAGGCUCGAGCCUCAUCCGUUUCAGGUGCAGCCUGCCGGGUUGGAGAGUGUGGCUGCGGGUAUCCAGUCGCUGUAUGACCGGAAGGUCUCGGCUAAGAAGCUUGUUUAUCGGUAUGCUAGCGAGUCCUGUUUUGCUUCGAGGGGACCUAACUGA